AAUUAUUCAGGAGUGGGGGAGACAACCGAUUGGGCUCGUCUCCCUAUUAAAUCGAUAACCCAGGAAACAACCCUAGAUGAUUUCUUUCGUACGGCUACUCUCGCAAAUGCAGACUUCAAAGCUCAGAAAUUGGAUGUGAAGGUGUUAUCGAAAGCUGAGAUUGUUGGUAUAAUUUCUCCCGAGGAGAGAGCUCGUCGAAAAAAACUGAUGGAGGAGAAUAAGAGUGCAUUAACUAUUCUUAAACGGCCAAAGAUCGAUCGGAGUAUGACGAAGGAGGCAAUUUUGGAGGCAGAGGAAGAGGCUUAUUUGGCGUGGCGCAAGGAUCUCGCAAAGUUGGAGCAGAUGGACGGUGUUGUGAUAACUCCCUACGAGCGGAAUUUGGAGUUUUGGCGUCAGUUGUGGCAGGUAGUGAAUCAAAGUGACGUGCUUGUUCAAGUGGUAGAUGCGCGUCAACCCUUGCUCUUCUACUCCUCCAGCCUAAGUGAAUAUGUGAAGGAGGUAGAUUCGAGGAAGGAAUGCGUUAUUCUCAUCAACAAAUCAGACUUUCUAACUCAACAACAGAGACAAGUGUGGGCCAAGUACUUUAAUUCAAUUGAUGUGCGAGUGUUGUUUUUCUCCGCCUUGAGUGCCCAAGAACAGCAUCCUCUUUCAGAGUUAGCUGAAGAGAAUGAGGAAGCAGAUGCAGAGCAAGAUAUCGGUGCCAAAAGGAAAACCGAGAAGCAAUCACUCAGUGUACCAAGUGUAGAGGAAAUGUGCAAGGAUUUCGACGAAGCGAGCAUUUCUUCUACAUCAACGGACUCAACUUGUCGAGGAGAUAACAGUGAAGGAGAACGGUCAGAAGAGUCUUUUAUCAGUGCCCAUGAGGAACAGACGGGAGUGGAGAAUGGCUGCGAUAUUCUCUCAGCGGAUGAGUUGAUCAGAGUGCUGUGCGGAGUUGGCAUGAAGUGUGAUGAUGAGAGGGAAUUUCGGGUUGUUGGAUUCGUGGGGUAUCCGAAUGUGGGUAAAUCGAGUACUUUGAACGCUUUAUGUGGAGCUAAGAAAACGUCAGUUUCGGCCACUCCUGGAAAGACUAAGCACUACCAAGUGAGUUCGUCUGCGUACCUGACGAUAUUUCUGCGUGAGGACUUACAGUUAUGUGAUUGUCCGGGCAUGGUGAUGCCUUCAUUUGCCUUUACGCAGGAGGAUUUAGUUGUGGCGGGCAUUUUGCCAAUUGACGAAAUGCGCAACUGCAUUCCGCCCAUUCGGGUGAUAAGUGAGCAGAUACCGAAGGAAGUGUUUUGUGCUCUCUAUGGCAUCUCUAUUCGCCCACCGAAAGAGUUUGAGGAUCCCAAUCGACCUCCGACUCCCCAUGAAUUACUUACUGCCUAUGCCUGUUCUAGAGGUUUCAUGGCCACUAAAGGUAAUCCUCACUACGAUCGAGCAGCGCGUGUGAUUUUAAAGGACUACGUUAAAGGUCGUUUGCGUUACUGCCACGCUCCACCCGACAUGGACUCUGUUGAAUACGUGGUUCUGGGAGCUGCGGAACGACUUCAACUAGAAGGGGACGCAGAGUUCGGAACUAUUUCUGGGAUGCGUCUAGAUGGUGAAGAGGCCUCAAAAAUGCUCCGUCUCUCAGUCUAUCUGGCCCCCACAGAACUCCACAAACUACUGCAAAGUCGUGAACGUCAGAGGCAACGUUUGACCGGAAAGGAUGUCAGCAGAAGUGCUCAAAUGAGCGAUGUCGACCUCACUGACUUCGAUAGACAGGCUUUGAACGAGAGGGCGAAAUUGAGUAGACAGGCUCUGGUCCGAUCCAAUCGAGCCCUUCCUACAAUGAGUCGAGUUGGUGGUAACGGAGACGAGAAUGAUGAUGAUGAUGAUGCGCUCUCGACGACUUCUUGGUCAACGGUGGCGUCGAGUGUGACAACAGUGGGUGGAGCAAGUCUUCUGUCGGGCAUGUCGGGCUCUGGUUACUCGUCAGUUGUUGGUGGAGAUGUGAAGAAGCCAUGGCGGCAGCUGUCAUCUGCCAAGAAAGGCGGUGCUGUGGGAGUAGGUAGAAAUCGAAGGAAGAAGGAGAAGUUGAGGCGUGUCUAUGCUGAUUUGGAUAAACAUGAACUUGAAUGA